AUGCUCCAUCAGACCGGUGCCCCGACUGUUACUUUGACGGCCUCUCAUGCAUCUCUCGUGGUAAGCACAUCGGUGGUAAUGAGAUGGGAGAUUACUGCCGCAAGACAUGCGGUGCUCAGGGUUCUAAAGCAAACUGAGGUAUACGGAGAGCCAGAAGCAGAUGUAACCCUUAUUGCCGGCGAAUGUUUCUUAAAAAGAGCGUGA